AUGAACUUCAUGACAACGAAACAAACUAAGACGACAAGCUGUCAUUUGGACACUAUCCCUUAUGUGGGUCUUCCAAUUCCGAGCAAAUGGAGACUUACAAGCGCAGGAUGGUCAAAGAGGUUUGACCUCAUGGUUAAAUAUCACCAAGGGAUGUACGACACUUUACCUAGUCAAAAAGAUCACCCCAUCGCCCCACGCCUCAUCGCACACAAAGCCGUAGUGUUAGAGAUUCAAUUGGAAAGGCAAGGUGGCUGGCUCCCGGCUUUCAGAUACAAUAUCGCACAGAGACAAAAUGUGUGGGAACAUCGAUUGCCAGACGGAAGGAUUUCAGACGUGGGAACUGGGAAUCAAAUUCUAGUUACGCAAGCCUUACGUGAUUUGGAGAUGGCAAAGGAUGAAUUAUUCAAUGACAACCCGUACGCGAUCGGAUUCACGCGCCAGAAUAUGAGUCCCAUUGAUGGGCACAUCUACCCUGAACACGCUUCCUGGGAUAACUUUAAUAUCCCUAACAAACUCAAACUUGAAGGGACAGGAGGUAGAUUGAUGUCAGCCUUCAAUCCAUUACAGUCAUUCUCACAAAACAAGAACUCAUUCCAAGCUGGUCCUUCACAAGGGCGAGGUGGUUUCAGGGGAGGAAAAGGUAGUGGAGUAGGUGGUAGAGGAAAUGGGAGAGGCAGUCAUUUUAAUGGACCAAGAAGACCAUACCUCAGACCCCAAUUCAAUUGGUAUCAACCAAGUCUGUACCAUCAGAAUAAUCCGGGUAACGGAUACACCCUGUUCAACCAGAACAACCAAUUCCAAGCUUUCAGACCGGCAAUUGGCCCGGGUAGUUUCCAACCACAACCAAAACAGUUGCUAUUGGAAAAUAGUUCUGGAGGUGGUGAAAAAGGAAAAGGUCCUGCAAAUGGGAAUAAAUGUGAUCCAAUGACUUCAUGA